CCGACCAGUCUCCUCCUCCGCCCGCUUCCCACCGAGCUCGCACUGCACACUUCCCCACUCCCCCUGCUGCUGCAGCAGCAGCCUUGCGUGCUCACGGGAGGCGAGGCCCCCGCCCCCCCUGCAUUCUCCCCGUAUUCGCGGAUCGGCCCUUGGCGAAGCAAGCGUGCGGGGGCGUUUCUGCGACGGACAAGGGCGUUCUUGAAUUUCUCGAGAGAGGGGAGGGGGCAAGGAGAAAGGAGGAGACGUUGCUGUCUUUGCUGAGCUGAGCGCCUGAGCGGUGGCAGGGAGGAGUGUGCUGGGCCUGCGAGUCGGGAGCGCAUGGCGAGGGCGCGCGGUGGCGGCCCCGCGUCGUGGGCGGUGGCCGUGACGGCGGCGUGGGUGCUGUGGGCGGCCGCGGUGGCGGGGGCCAGGUCGCCGGCGGGGAGGGUGCACCGGCACCUCAAGCGGCUCAACAAGCCGGCCGUGAAGAGCAUCGAGAGCCCAGAUGGAGACAUCAUCGACUGCGUGCAUAUCUCCCACCAACCAGCCUUCGACCAUCCUCUCCUCAAGAACCACACAAUACAGUUUAGGCCGGCCUACCACCCUGAAGGUCUAUAUGAUGAUGCCAAGAGCAGCAUUGGCUCCAACAAUGCCGGCGAGAAGCCGAUGCUCCAGAUGUGGCAUCGAAAUGGCAGAUGUCCCGAGGGCACGGUCCCAAUCAGGAGAACCAAGAAGGACGACCUGCUCCGUGCCAGCUCCAUAAGGCGGUAUGGCAGGAAGCGUCAUACUGUUCCGAACCCACUGUCUGUUGAUCCUAACAUGCUCAGUGAGGGUGGUCACCAACACGCCAUAGCGUACGUCGAAGGUGAUAAGUACUAUGGUGCAAAGGCUACCAUUAAUGUUUGGGAGCCCAAGAUUCAGCAGGCUAACGAGUUUAGUCUGUCCCAGCUCUGGAUCUUGGGGGGUUCAUUUGGGGAGGAUCUGAACAGCAUAGAGGCUGGUUGGCAGGUUAGUCCUGACCUCUAUGGAGACAACAACACUAGGCUGUUCACAUACUGGACUAGUGAUGCAUAUCAGGCAACAGGGUGCUAUAACAUGUUGUGCUCAGGAUUCAUUCAGAUCAACAGCGAGAUUGCCAUGGGGGCGAGCAUAUUCCCCAUCUCGAACUACGCCGGUUCCCAGUAUGAUAUCAGCAUCCUGAUCUGGAAGGACCCAAAGGAAGGCAACUGGUGGAUGCAGUUUGGCAAGGAGUAUGUCUUAGGCUACUGGCCGUCCUUCCUCUUCUCCUACCUCGCCGACAGCGCAUCGAUGAUUGAGUGGGGUGGUGAGGUGGUGAAUUCAGAGCCCGAUGGUGCGCACACGUCGACGCAGAUGGGCAGUGGGCACUUCCCCGAGGAAGGGUUCGGCAAGGCGAGCUACUUCAAGAACAUUCAGGUGGUGGACAGCAGCAACCAGCUGAGUGCCCCAAAGGGGGUGGGUACCUUCACCGAGCAGUCCAACUGCUACGACGUGCAGAACGGUAACAAUGGCGACUGGGGCACCUAUUUCUACUACGGUGGCCCUGGCAAGAAUUCAAAUUGCCCAUGACUACUUCUAGUGUGUAGUGUGAAGUGCUGUCACCAUGAAAAAAAAUGUAACCAAGCAUUCAAGUGUGCAAUACAGCUUUGAUCUGCAUCUUAUUCAGUCCUAGGUAGUGUACUAGUGUGUAACAUGUGUAUGUGCCCUAGAGCCUAGUAUUUUUCUUUUCUUUUUUCAUCUUUUUUUCCCAUGAGCCAUGUAAAGUUUCUGAAGAGAAGAAGCAUGGCUUGAGGUGGUGGUGCUGGGCUGGUGAGUGACCUCUGCGGAUUUUUUCAAGUCUGCUUAUGGGUCAUCGUCCCCAAGUAUUUUGAAUGUGUGCUCUAGCAUAUUGGCUGAUGGUAAUGGUGUUGAGCUCAUUGCUUCCA